AUGGUAUCCGUAGCAGAUCUUCUUAACCCGGAGCCCCCGCGGGCCCCGUUGCCCUCGUCCCGUCCGAUUCCACCUUCACCGUCCCGCCGGCUUCCGCUAUCUACCAGCGAACCAGUUCCAGUCAAGCCCUCGGCCGAGAUCUUAAAACAACCUGAGAACGCGAAGCGCCCUGUUAGAAACGAGGUGAAAGGCGUCGUCAACUUUCCACCCUUCGAAAACUUGGAUGAGGCUUCUCUCGCCCAAGUUCGCAGGUUCAAAGUCCAUCCCUUCGGAUCGAUUCAGGACACUUGCCGGCUGAUACCCUACAUCAGCGGCAAGAAGGACUUUUUCUACAAAACCGGCCGAGAGGGCUUUGAGGGUAAGGUCAACGGCAAGCUGGAGAAUCUAGCGCUGACCAGUGUAGCAUUUCAAUACGAUUUCACGAUCCCGGGAGACAAUACCCCCUUUACUGUCAUGUGGGACUACAACGUGGGCCUUGUUCGCAUGACUCCUUUCUUCAAAUGUCACGGGUAUAGCAAGACGACGCCGGCAAAAAUGCUCCAGCAGAACCCUGGACUGAAAGACAUCACGUAUAGCAUCACGGGAGGCUCUAUUAAGGCCCAAGGCUAUUGGAUGCCGUUUUCUUGUGCGAAGGCCGUCUGCGCAACUUUCUGUCACAAGAUCGCCGGCGCCCUCAUUCCGCUUUUCGGCCCGCAGUUUCCCUUGGAGUGCAUUCCCGACAAAGCGGUCGGGCAUGGGCGCAUGGUAAUUGACCCAGUGAUUGUCAGCCGCGCCAAGAGAGAUGUUGCCACGCUUUUUGGACAACUUCCUGGCCUCCUGCCCAGCCCUCGUCCCUCUCGAAGCCUCAGUCCUCAACCGCCGCCUCAGCGCUCGCUGUGCAUGGUCGGACCCUACCACCAGCGGCCCAGCUACGACCGGCACGGAUUGUUGAGUCCAUACGGCACAGACACAGAUUCCGAGUUCCGUACCGGGUCAGAGAAGUACGCAGAGAAGCACAGCAGCCGAAUCAAUCCCACCCUACCACCAUUGCAGACGCAGACUGCCAGUGGGAGUCCGUCUAUUGCAGGGGCUCCCACACCAGUUCAUUCCCCGGACAUGCGAUGGACGACGGUGAACCGGCCUUACCCUUUAUACCAGCCCCAGCACCAUCCUUCGGCCUACUAUCGCGAUGGCCCGGACAGGCAGCGGUUCGUCCCGGCACCGGCCUUGGCAGCCCAUCCGUGGCUAUCGGCCGUUCCGCGCUCUCGGACAUCGCCUACCAGCGGCCCUAGCAGCAGUAGUAGCAGGCCACUCCACACUCCCAACCCCCGGAUCCAGGCCUCCGGAACCGUAAUCAAGACAGUUCUGAAAAGCCCUCGCCCGCACAGCAAACGUUGCUUUGACUACGUCGAUGCCGACACUGACGAGGGGUAUGACGCUGGGCGCGAGAGCCUGAGCCUGAGCCAGAGCAGCAGCCAAAUUGAGAGCAGCCCGAGUUCCGUGACCGGGUUGUCUGAUGAGGGCCAUCACCAACAUGACCACAGAGAGACGACAGUCAUGGCGGCCAAGGCAACGCACCCAACGCUCGAAGUGCAGAAGGAUAAUGCUAGUACUGAUGACGACGCGUUCUCGAACGGUGCCGAUGAUGAGAGUCAUGGGCAGAAUGGGAGCAAGCGUCGUGUGGCAGAGCGGGACGCGGCUAUCAUGCUGAUGUCUAUGCACUCGCACUCGCAAACUAGGCCGAUGCAGCAGCAGCAGCAUCAGGAGCAGGACCGGCGCCUCGGGAAGGAGGAGGUGGAGGACAGAAGCCGAGCAGCUAGUCCCAGUCGGAGCAGCCCGCAAAUGAAGGACACGAAGAUUGGCGGGUCUGGUCAGGCCGUGGCGGUCACCCCGCCUGUCUCGGAAGAGGUUUCGGGUUUAGGACCCACCACGAGAUCGAAGCGGCGGCGGACGCUGGUGUGA